AUGUUCGGUGGCGGAGGGGACGAUGCGCUGGCAGCGCGGCUUGGCAUGGUGUCGCCGUCGCUGCUGAACCAGGCGACACCGCCGGCGAUGUCCGGCGAGGUGUCGGUCGCUGUGAGGGAGGAGAGGGGACCGCCGCAGCCUCAGUGGAGCCAGCAGGAAACGCGGGAGUUCAUAGCGAUACGCGCGGAGCUGGAGAGGGACUUCACUGCGUCGAAGCGAAACAAGACGCUUUGGGAAGUGGUGAGUUCGAAGAUGAGGGAGAGAGGGUUCAGGAGAAGCCCUGAACAGUGCAAAUGCAAGUGGAAGAACCUCGUUAAUCGCUAUAAGGGAAAAGAGACAUCUGACCCAGAGCAUAGCAGGCAAUGUCCAUUUUUUGAAGAAUUGCAUGCAGUCUUUACCCAGAGGGCACAUAAUAUGCAACGAUUACUUCUUGAAUCUGAAAAUCGCUCAGCUCAACCCAAGAAAGGAGUGAAAAGAUUAAGUGAAGACAGGUCCUCAGAGGAACCCUCAGAGGACGAUGAUGAGGUUGAAUAUGACAGCGAUGAGGAGAAACCUCCUAGAAGCAACACCCGCAAAAGGAAAGUUGGAAUGGAUAAGUCUUCUUCAAGGGCUAAUAAUCCAUCAAAUGCUGCCAGUAAUAGUACUAGUAGUAUUCAGGAACUGCUAAAGGAUUUUUUCCAGCACCAGUUAAGGAUGGAAAUGCAGUGGAGGGAGAUGAUGGAGAAGCGUGCUCAUGAAAGACAGUUGUUUGAACAGGAAUGGAGGCAGUCCAUGGAGAAGCUUGAGCGGGAGAGAUUAAUUAUUGAUCAGGAAUGGAGGGAGAGGGAAGAACAGAGGAGAAUGAGAGAAGAGAGUAGGGCAAAAAGCAGGGAUGCUCUGUUGACAACCCUUUUGAACAAACUCAUUAAUGAAUCUAACUAA